GGCGGGCGCGGGAGCGGCUGGGGCGGCGCGGCCCGCGUGACCCUCCGCCGCUCCCCGUGCGCUCGCGAGCCCGCGCCCCGCAGCGCCGGCCCAGCCGCAGGAUGCGCGCUCCGCCGCUGCUGUUGCUGCUGGCCGCCUGCGCGCCGCCCUCCGGCGCCGCUGUGGUCCCGACGCCGCCGGGCUGGGAGCCGGCUUCCGACGCGCCCUGGUGCCCCUACAAGGUGCUGUCCGAGGGCCCCGAGGCGGGCGGUGGGCGCCUAUGCUUUCGCAGCCCCGCUCGGGGCUUCCGCUGCCAGGCGCCGGGCUGCGUGACGCUGGUCUCGGCGGGUGGUUCUCUGCGCGCCCACGUCCUGCGCAACCGCAGCGUGUUGCUGCAGUGGCGACUGACUCCGGCCGAGGCGCGCCGCGUGCGAGUCUUCGCGCUGAACUGCUCGUGGCGUGGCACCUACACACGCUUCCCGUGCGAUCGCGUGCUGUUAGGCGCCUCCUGCCGCGACUACCUGCUGCCCGACGUGCACGACAGCGUGCGCUACCGCUUGUGCCUGCAGCCGCUGCCGCUGCGCGCCGAGCUCGCCGCCAACCAGCCAGAGCUCGCCGAGUGCGUGGAGUUCACCGCCGAACCGGCAGCUAUGCAGGAGAUCGUGGUGGCCAUGACGGCGGUGGGCGGCUCCAUCUGUGUCAUGCUGGUGGUCAUCUGCCUGCUGGUGGCCUACAUCACCGAGAACCUCAUGCACCCGACCUUCCGGCGACCCAGUCUGCGCAGGCAGUCCUGAAGCGCAAGGCGACCCGCCCAUCUGGGUUCCACCUGCCUAAAUGUGCUGAGACCCUAGGCCCUUUCCCUGCUUCCCUCUCAUUCUCUCUCCCUCUUUACGAUGCCCAUGGAGGGCCUAAUGGAGACUAGCCCAUGCAGGGACCUUGUCAUCAUCCACGACCUUGUCAGCCCCAGCUGGAUGUCCGCUUUCCAGACUCAGGCCUCAGACUGGCCAUGGGGCCCAGACUAGAGUGUCAGCCGCAUCCAGGGAUCUUCCCCAUCUCUAGAGUCCUUUUGGGGCCGGCCAGAAUAUACAGUCCCUCUGUCAAGAGCCACUCACUGGCACCCAGGAUCAUCAACCUGAACUUUCUUCCCGUGCCAGGUUGUCAGAGCUUGGUCGUGAUCGUUGCCUGGUCCCUUUGUGCUUCGCAGAGGGGGAAGAGUGACCUCUGGAUCCUGUACCCACCCCACCUUACCCAGUGGGCUUAGGUUAGCUUUGUGCCUUAGUUUCUCUGCCCCACUGCAGGAGCCACCCAUCAUCCCUCAGCUGUCCAUAGGGAAUUGUGGCUCUGAGACUGGCUGGCUUAUGCAUGCUUCUGGCCAGAGGCCCACUGAGGACACACCAGCUUCGAGAUUUUCAGGAGUCUGGGGCAGGGGUUCACAGGUCCUGUUUUGUCUUCCUAUGUGGGUGUCCGAGAAGCCAAGAGCCAUGAUGUAGCUCAGCAGACUGGGCCCAACGUCCAGCUGCUGCAUCCAGGGGAUUCAACUGUAGCUCAGUGUUUAGAAUGCUUUCCUAACACUGAAAAGGUUCUGGAUUCAAUCUCCAGCACCAUAUAAAUUGGGAACCACGGCAGACAUCUGUAACCCCAACACUCAGGACGUGGAGAGUGGAGGAUAAGCAGCUCAAAGUCAGAUGGACGCGAGGGUGCGUGUCCUUGAUUCCAGAAAUUGGCCAGAGGCUUGCAGAUCUCUGCAUUCCUGACCAAUCUGGUCUACAAAGUGAGUUCCAGGACAACCAGGAAUGUCACACAGAGAAACCCAGUCUCAAAGAACCAGAAAAAAAGUCACUCUCAGCUAUAUGUUGUGUUAAAGGCCAGGGAGAAAGAAAAACAACACUGUAGAUCUUGGCGCGUAAAUGUGGCUAGUGUGACUGAGGAAAACUUUGCUUUUCAGAUAGGGUUUCUUUGUGUAGUCCUGACUGCCACGAAGCUUGCUCUGUCGACCAGGCUGGCCUUGAAGUGUGAGACUCCACCUCCUGAGUAUUGCAGGUGUGUACCUCCGCUCCUGCCUGCCUUCACAGCCACAGUCCUCUUCCUCUUUCCUCUUUCUCUCCCUCCCUGCCCUCCUGUUUUAUUUUUUGAGACAGUCUCUUGUAGCCCCGGAUAGUUUCCAACUCAUUAGUCAAGAAUGAGCUUGAGGGGGCUAGAGAGAUGGCUCAGAGGUUAAGAGCACAGACGGCUCUUCCAGAGGUCCUGAGUUAAAUUCCCAGCAACCAUAUGGUGGCUCACAACCAUCUGUAAUUCAAUCGGGUUUCCUCUUCUGGCAUGCAAACAGAACACUGUAUAAAUAAUAAAAGAAAAAAGAAACUAUUUAUUACAAAUGAGCUUGAACUUUGACCCUCCUUCCUUGGCCUCUCAGGUGCUGAAGUAAUUGAUGUCCCACCAGACAUGACCUUAUACAGUGCUGGGUAUCAGAUCUAACAUUUUGUGUCUAGGUAAGCAUUCUACCAACUGAGUUUCAUCCCCCAUCCCAGUUUUGAAGUUUCUAGUUAUACCUUCAGCUUCUCUGAUCUUCUAUUCUACAGGGAAUAGUUUACCAUUAAUCCCAUCCAGUGCCAGGUGGUGGUGGCACACGCUUUUAAUCCCAGCACUUGAGAGGCAGAAGCAGGGAAUCUCUGUGAGUUUGAGGCCAGCCUGGUCUACAAAGCGAGUUCCAGGACAGCAAUGCUGUUGUGCAAAGAGACCGUCUCAAAACAACAACAAAAUCACACCCAGCACCCUUUUUUCUAUUUGAUACACAAUAUGUAUCAUAAAAGAACAAAUUAAUUUAAAAACUACAAAAUUUAAGAUAGGUGUGGUGGUUCAAACACAUAGUCCCAGAAGAUGGAAAUGUGGAGUCAGGAAAAUUAGAAGUUCCAGGGUAGUCUUGGCAAUUUGAGACUAUCUCAAAAACCAAAACACAGGUUGGUGAGAAGGCACACUAGGCAAAGGACCUGUCAAGCCCGAG